AGUGGAUAGUAUGGAACCAUGUAUGUUGCAUUGAUCCAAUCUGUAAUACACUAUGGCAGUAUAGCGUAUGGUUGGGCAGCCCGGACCUCAUUGGAAAGGCUAGAUGUCAUACAGGGGCAAGGAUUCAGAAUAUGUCGCGGGGUGUUUCGGACCACCCCACUGGCUGCACUACAGGUGGAGAUGGGGGAUAUGCCAUUGCGGAUUAGGAGACAGCAGCUGGCAAUGAAUUAUUGGGUCAACCUACAGGGACAUGGGGUGUCUCAUCCUGCAAAAGGGAUUUUAGAAGCAUGCUGGGAACAUCAGCGAGAACAGAACACAAACUUUGGGUGGUUGGGCGAAGGAGAUGGGACUGUAUAGAAGUCCCGUGAAUCAGGAUUUUGUGGCCAUUUACACAGAUGAUUCAAACGAUCCAAGGAUAGGAUGCACUGGGUCCGCAUUUGUAGUGUAGGAAUGUGGGGUGGCAGUCAGGAAACGUAUUACAGAUCAUCUGGCUGUAUAUACGGCAGAGGUGAUGGUCAUACUGUUGGCCUUACAGUGGGUGGAGGAAGUCAAGCCAGACAGAGAAGUUAUUUGCUCUGAUUCAUGUGCAGUGUUGAGCAGUCUGAAGUCCUUUAGUUCACGUAGCAGACAAGACCUGCUUUAUGAGGUACUACAAAGUGCAGUACUUUCAUAAGGAGAUGUAUACUUGGAAUAUGGAGGAGGAAUGGUGGGAAAAAGAGAGGCGGGAGGAGGUCUAAGAGAGAGAGAGGGCGGAAGAGGGUGAGCUUGAGUCGGUUAAAAAUUUCAGAAAAAAGGGAGAUGGUUUGUUAAAGAAGAAUGGUAGAAAGUGUAAGCAGAGUGAGCUGAAGACAGGAGGAGAAAUGGGAGUGAAUGAGGGUGAAGUAUUGGAGGUGGUAGGUGUGAUGAGGUUCUCGGAGCCCGAGGCUUGCACCGAAGGUCAGGAUAAAGAUGAGUCUGUGACAGUAGGAGUAAAGUUUAGAAAAAGUGGACCCUUGCCUUUUAGCUAAUCCAUUUGUGAUUUCAGGGUGGGUGAAAACAGAGUUGGGUGCUGUUGAAUUGGUGAGGGUAACCAGAAGUGGUCUUGUGAUAAUUGUUAGUGUUUCUGCUGGUCAGAGGGAGAAGGCGCUCCGUGUUAAAAUAAUGGGGGCAAGAAAUGUGAAUGGUUUUGCUCUCAAGAAAAAAGCGCCAUUGAAAGGAGUGAUUACUGGGGUAGCAGUAAAUGUAAAGAUUGACCAACUGAAGGGGAAGAUUCCCGGUGUUUGCGGGUGGCGUGAGUGGUGAAACAGAAUAAUUAUUGUCUGUUCUUUUGAAUUUUGAUGUUGAGUCUGGCCGACAAAGUGAUGUUAGGAUUUAUACAUUUAUCAUGUUCGAGCUAUUAUGCCGAAUACAUUUUAUUGUUACAGGUGUCAAGCUUAUCGGCAUGUGGCAGCAGUGUAUAGGAGGGAGGUUGCUAGGUGUGAGAAGUGUGCAGAAGGGCAUGAGACAAAGGAAUGUGUGGCAUUGGGGGAAGUAGUGGUAUGUGUUCGUUGUAGGGGUGCCCAUGGACCUGAGGAUCAGAAAUGUCCUGUAAGAGAGAGGCAGGUUUAGGUUUACAGGGUUAAAGUAGUGCAGCAUAUGCUGAGGCAGUGAAGAAAGUAGAGGAAGAUGGGUCAAGAGGGAGGGAUCCUGAGAGGAGUGGUGUUUGUAGUAUAUACUGUAUGUACCAGCACAGAAGGAUAGGCCAACAAGUGAUAUAUGUUUCAGUAAGAUUGGAUUUAUUGGUUAUCAACUGUACUGCAGGGAUGGAAGGUAAGUCACAGAAAAUUGGGUUGUGGUGGCAGCUGCAGAGAAGUAUUUGGGUGUGCGAGACUUGAUAUCAGAAGAGUUACAGGGUGUGCUAAGUGUUGGUAUAGUUUUUUUAAAGCAAAGUAUAAGGGAGUUAUACUCCAAUCUAGUAGGUGGCGGUAAUGCAAACAUUUAUUGGAUGCCAACCGCAGUUAAACCUAGUCGAAGAAGUGCCUCACUGUACUUGCGGUUUUUCAUGAUUACAGAAGAUAAAGUUGGACGCAAGAAUGUAUACAACAGCGUGCUUCAAAUAACAAGUGACUGUGGAGGAUUUCAUAAACAUUGGCUAGUAGACUGGAGAGCAGGUAGCUAUCUAACUAGCUAAAACAGCAGUCUAACGUUCGCUGGCUUGAUAAAACAGUCCAUUAACUUUACCUAGCUACCUGCCACAUUAUCUAUCCAGCUGCAAGAUAUUGUGCAAAGCUCAGUCUGCGUUUCGUCUUGCGACACAAAAAGGGAACAUCAUGGACAAGGCAGAUUUCUUAAAGGGUCUCCCUGUUUACAACAAGAGGAAUUUCAGCCUGUUCCAUGCAGACCCUGUGUGCAAAGCAUCGAACCGAAGACCGUCCGUGUACCUCCCGACAUGCGAGUAUCCCUCAGAACAGAUCAUUGUCACGGAGAAAACAAAUAUCCUCCUUCGCUACCUUCACCAACAGUGGGACAAAAAGAAUGCAGCGAAGAAGAGGGAACAGGAUCAAGGAGAGGGAGGGAGUCCAGCACCUCCACACAAAAUUGCAAGGACAGAUAGCCAAGAGAUGAACGAGGACUCUUAGGAGUGUGUUUGUGCAUCUGGAGGAAGCACAUGUACAGGCACACAACAGACAUGACUAUAAAGACAUACGAGACACUCACACUUUGACAAACAACCUGAGAAAAUGUUCACCCUGGUUUGGGAAAAUUAAAAAAAGUGGCUUUUUUUGUUGUUGUUACCUUCAAAGAGUUUCCUGCCUUGUCUAGUGCCCUGUUUUCAGCUUCACCCCCUAGCCCUGACCACAUGGGGCGCUGCAACAUCUUUACACACAGUUUGCAGACCCAAUACACUGAACUUCUGCCUGCCACAGCAGGGGAGGACCCAAGGAUGUAUAUAAACUCUGGUUUGAUGAUGCAAUGUAUUGGCCGUUGAUGCAAUGUAUUGGCCGUUGAGAGGCUUUGAAGCCACUGGUCGGCCAUAUUGGCACUCUCCAGUAGGAGCAGUCCGCCAUAGGAAUUAAUGGAAUUCAACAGUAUUUCAAUUAAAUGUUUGAAGAACAAAAUGACAUGCAUUUCAUUUCACAGUAACCCUAGUACUCAAAAAAUAUAAACAUUUAAUGUUUAGCUCACAUAAUAAUUUAAAAGUAUGUAUUAAAGUGUCUAAUAGACUAAGUGUCAAAAACGAAUGUGGCUUCCACAAUCUUUUUUUUUUAUAAUGGAGGAUUACCAAGAUGGCUGUGCUGAGGCUUCAAUACAGUGCCCCCUGUCAGUCAUCCAGGGUUUAUACACAUCAUUGGGAAGAACCCUCCCCCUGGACUUAAUGUUCAACGUGCAUUAUCUUCCAUUCUGCUCUGGAUUUGUUUGUGUUUGAAGUUUGCUGCUUUGUUUUACUGUCAAUUUUAGUUCUGAGAUGUUAACUAGGACAAGUCAGUUAAGAACAAAUUCUAAAUGUACAAUGAUGGCCAAACCCGGACGAUGCUGGGACAAUUGUGCGCCGCCCUAUGGGACUCCCAAUCACGACUGGAUGGGAUUCAGCCUGGAUGACAAGUGACUCAACAGUAUACUCGCUUAGUUUGAAUUGUUGCUGCUUUCUGGCAAAGUAUCCCUGUUAAACAAAAAGGAUAAUAUGUCAAGCCAAAUUGUUUUAGUCACAGGUGUUGACUACUCAGUUUGCUAGAAUUGCUUUUCAAUUUGUUUACAAUGCAAUCGAUGGACCCAUUAGGUAUUUUAAACUCAAAAGUUAUAGCACCGGUAGAACAAAGAAUAGUAGCCUACAUCAAUGAGGGGAAGAGAGAAAGUUGUAUUCAGUAUGAAGACCUACAGUGCCUCCUGAAAGUACACACCCCUUGCACAUUCUUCACAUUUUUGCUGCCUUAGAAUUAAAUCUAAAAAGGAAUGAAAUGGGAUUUUUUUUCUCCACCUUGUAGAUUAUUUUUCAACCAAUCAAAUGUAGUCCUGUGUUGUCUUUUUAUAUAGCAAAAUGUGAAGACUGCAACUUGUAUGUAAAUAUAAUAGCCAGUGCCAGCUGUUAGAUAUUAAGGUCUUGGCUUGAUAUUUAUCAAAAUAAAUGACUUUGAAUCUGC